GAGGAACCUCAGACUGUGAGGGGCGGUGCCGGACCAUCAUAUUCCUCUUAUCCUGAGGAACCUCAGACUGUGCAGGACAGUGCCGUCCUUUCAACAGAGAAGAGGCUUUCCUGUACCGAGUGCGGGAAGUGUUUUCCUUCUAAAUCCAAACUUAAUGUGCAUAAAAGAUCUCACACAGGAGAGAAGCCUUAUUCCUGUGCUGAGUGCUGGAAAUGUUUUAUACACAAAUCAGACCUUGUCAAACAUCAGAGAUCUCACACAGGGGAAAAGCCGUAUUCCUGUUCUGAGUGCGAGAAAUGUUUUUCAAAUAAGUCCAAUCUUUACACACAUCAGAGAUCUCACACGGGGGAGAAGCCGUAUUCCUGUCCUGAGUGCGGGAAAUCUUUUUCAGAGAAGUCCCAUCUUUACAGACAUCAGAUAUCUCACACAGGGGAGAAGCCGUAUUCCUGUCUUGAGUGUGGGAAAUCUUUUUCAGAUAAGUCCAAUCUUUACAGACACCAGAGAUCUCACACGGGGGAGAAGCCGUAUUCCUGUCCUGAGUGCGGGAAAUCUUUUUCAGAUAAGUCCACUCUUUCCACGCAUCAGAGAUCUCACACGGGGGAGAAGCCAUAUUCCUGUCCUGAGUGCGGGAAAUCAUUUUCACAGAUGUCCAGUCUUUACAUACAUCAGAGAUCUCACACAGGAGAGAAGCCGUAUUCCUGUCCUGAGUGCGGGAAAUGUUUUUCACGGAAGUCUUAUCUUUACAGACAUCAGAGAUCUCACACGGGGGAGAAGCCGUAUUCCUGUCCUGAGUGCAGGAAAUGCUUUUCAAGGAAGUUCCAUCUUUACAGACAUCAGAGAUCUCACACAGGGGAGAAGCCAUAUUCCUGUCCGGAGUGUGGGAAAUGUUUUUCAUUGAAGUCCAAUCUUUACACACAUCAGAGAUCUCACACGGGGGAGAAGCCGUAUUCUUGUCCUGAUUGUGGGAAAUGUUUUUCAUUGAAGUCUAAUCUUUACAUACAUCAGAGAUCUCACACGGGGGAGAAGCCAUUUUCCUGUUCUGAGUGUGGGAAAUGUUAUUCACUGAAGUCCAGUCUUUACACACAUCAAAGAUCUCACACGGGGGACACGCAGAAGCCAAAGCUCUACCAGAAAGCUGGUGUGGGAGUUCAUUGA